GGCGCGGCAGCACCACGGUCCGUUUCUACGUCAAUGAAUCUGAUCAUCUAACGCUACUCAACGUUAUGACGCACUUUCUUGAGAAUGGUAAGUCGCGACAGUGGGCGAAGGAUCAUUUCCUUCACGUUCCUACCCUUCUGCGUGCCUGUGAGGUGCAGCAACAGUUGCUAGAGCGGAUGCGGCUGCUGGGGCUUCCUACCUUAUCGUGUGGCCCCAAGGGAAUGGACCGUGUACGGCAGUGUGUAACGAGUGGAUUUUGCUUGCAGUCCGCGCAGCGUUCCAGCAGCAACUGGAGCGAAUACCGCCCUCUGCUUAACUCUGGUGUUGUAUGUUACGUUCAUCCGUCCUCGGCGGUGUAUGUACGGUCGGAGAUGCCACUUUAUGUUGUUUACCACGAUCUUCUUCUCACGACGCGCGAGUACCUGGUGGUGGUGACGGCAGUAGAGCGUGACUGGCUUAUCGAGGCAUCACGUGGGGUGUUUUGCACCAAAAGUCUGACGAGAGACACAAAGAAAGCAUCAAAUGCACCCCCCACAUCUUGCGGGCCACACGCAACGCUCCCCGCAGGCGUCGGAAACACUGCCAGUGUGGGCAGGUCCACGCAGUUAGGAAAGCCGCGGCAGUUGCCGUCGGUCACUGCACAGCCGAAGGGGACGAUGCUUCCCUCGAAACGACGGCAUAACAUCUAA